CACUUCGUUUCACAUUUGGUCCCAAGUCUUCCUCUUCUUAUUUUUUAAUCCCCACUCCAUUUCAUCGACUUUUCAAAGCAAACCAGUCGUCUUCUUCUCUUCCUGAUCACACGAUAUCUAGGGUUCUUCCAAUCUUCAUCAAUACGCAUUUCAUUCUUUGCUUCAAAUCCAUCAACCACUCUGAUUACCCGUUCAUGUAAUGGAAGCUCGAUGUGAGAAUAUGGUUCUCAAUUCAUUCGACGGACACAAGUUUCCGAUCAAUCGCCAUGAAAACAGGUCUGCGAUCAUUAACGAAGUGGAUUUCUUCUCGAGAAGUAGUACUACUGGUAAUUCUUCCCAGCUGCAUCCUUCUAGUAUUCAUCAUGCCAUAGAAAACAAAGAACACGACAGAGUUAAUCAAGAACUCCAGCUUAACUUAAAUGUGGGUUCGAAUCUUAAUACAAUAAAUACGAAAAACCAAGAUGCUCAUAAGUUGGCUAUAUUACAGAACGAGCUUGAAAAGAUGAAGCGAGAAAACGAAAGUUUGCGAUCGAUGCUUGCUCAAAUUAAAGAAAAAUAUAGCUUUUUACAAAGACAUAUUAAGACUAUAAAUAAGGUGGAAGACGACACGUUGGAAUUCAAGAAACUCACUCCACCAUUAAUGAAGAUUGAUCCAAAUGUUGAUAGCUCUGAUAUGAACAAAGAUGUUAAGUUGAAUUCACCAAAGGAUAUUUGUGAUCAAGGAGCUACGGCUGAAACAACUAUGAGAAGGGCCCGUGUGUCGGUUAGGGUUCGGUCCGAAGCAUCCAUGAUUUCAGAUGGAUGUCAAUGGAGAAAAUAUGGGCAAAAAAUGGCGAAAGGAAAUCCAUGUCCUCGAGCUUAUUAUCGUUGCACCAUGGUAGUAGGUUGUCCAGUGCGUAAGCAAGUACAACGAUCUAUGGAUGAUCAGACAAUUUUGAUAACGACAUAUGAAGGCACUCAUAACCAUCCACUACCACAAACUGCCAUGGCAAUGGCCUCCACCACCUCUGCCGCCGCCUCUAUGCUACUCUCCGGUUCAGUUUCAAGCUCAAAUCACCAUAACCACAACCUUAUCGUAGGAUCCAUGCUUUCUUCUUAUCAUCCGAAUAUUACCACUACCUUGUCAGCCACUACACCGUUUCCUUCCAUUACAUUAGACCUCACAAACCCUAGCUCCAACCACCUCCAACAACCCCCAUUUCACUUUCCUUUUUCGACCAACACAAAUCCUAAUUUCAGUCUUCCUAAUAAACCAUCACUUUUGGCACAAUUGGAUGCUCAACAGUAUAGUGUAAGGAAGUUUUCUGGCAUCCCAAAUUCCGACCAAGAGCUGAUGGAUGCAGCCACGGCGGCGGUCACAACAAAUCCACAUUUCAUGGCAGCUUUGGCUGCCGUAAUUGGCUCCAUUAUUGCCAAUGACCACCAUAACAAUGACGGUGUCAACAACAGCCAAAGAAGUGAUAAUAAUUUUACAACAAAUUAGAGUUCUCCAAAGUAUAUAUUGCCAAAAGGAAACGAAAUAGACUAUGUACAAAACGAAACAAAUACACACUCUUAUAAAAAGUUGAAUCAAGUUAUUUUUUCUUGUAGUGUA